UCUGGGAGGCGGGGCGGUCAGGAGAGUCACGUGGCGCGGAGCCGCGUGGCUGGUGGCGGCGCUGCCGAGUUCCUCGCGCCGCGCGGCAGAGAGCGAGGCCGGCGCUAUGAAGCGGAGCGCGCGCCCCGCAGGGGAUGGGCAGAAGGCUGAGACCAAAGAGGAAUUUGUUAAAGUCAGAAAGAGAGAUUUGGAGAGACUGACAACUGAAGUGAUGCAGUUACGAGACUUCCUACCUAGAAUACUGAAUGGAGAUGUCUUGGAGAGCUUCCAGAAAUUGGAUGUUAUUGAAACAAACAUGGAGAAAAGAGAGCAAGAACUAGAGCAGGUAAGAAUGGAUUGUGAACACUUCAAAGCCCGUCUGGAAACAGCCCAAGCAGAUUGCAUGAGGGAGAAAAAGGAGAAACUAGCCCUUCGACAGCAGCUGAAUGAGGCAAGACAACAACUACUGCAGCAGGCAGAAUAUUGUACAGAAAUGGGAGCUGCAGUCUGUACUUUGUUAUGGGGUGUCUCUAGCAAUGAGGAAGCAGUUAAAAACAUUCUAGGAGGGAGCAAAGCAGUAAAGUUUUUCACAAUCAUGGGACAAACUAUGGAGAGCUUUGUGAGGUCAUUAGGUGAAGAUACCAAACACCAAGAUCUGGAUUCUGAUGAAAAUCAGUUUGUAUUAGCUUUGGCAGGGAUUGUGACAAAUGUUGCUGCAUUGGCAUGUGGCCGUGAAUUCCUGGUUAAUUCAAGUCGUGUGUUGUUGGACACAAUGAUGCAGCUUCUGGGAGACAUGAAGCCAGGAUUCUGUACCAAACUGAAAGUGCUAAUGCUGAUGUCACUGUACAAUGUGAGCAUCAACUUGAAAGGCUUGAAGUAUAUUAGUGAAAGUCCAGGUUUUAUUCCAUUACUUUGGUGGCUAUUGAACGACCCAGAUACAGAAGUGUGUCUGCAUGUUCUACGGCUUCUCCAGUCUGUGAUUCUAGAACCAGAAGUUUUAGCAAAGUCAGCACCUGAGAUGCGUGACACCUUGCCAUUUCAACGUAUCAUAGCGCUGUCAAAGAGCCGCAACGCAGAGCUGCAAACACUGGCGCAAGAACUGCUUGAAGACCUCAAAAUCCUAGAGUGUGAAGUGUAGAGACAUAGUCGCUGGAGUAUUACGACAUCAACUGUUUAUAUUUUCCCCUUAUUUUUAUGCUGCAAGGGUAUGCAAAAUAUCAUAGCAGAUUAAAAAUAUACAUAUUGAGUAAUUAGUA